AUGCAGCAGCGUGCGACGAUGUUUUCCCGUCGCACGUGCGACCUUCCACGCGGACGACAGUCGCUGACUGCUAUACGACCCACGUUCCCCGGCGCCGCCUCUCCAGUGCCACCUGCCUUACGCUCCUACCCAGCUCUCGUGUCGGGAACGAGCGCCGUUCUGGAAACUUGGAAACAGCUUACCUUUCAACCACCCUGCUCUUCACUCGGGAGAUUGUUCUGCUUGCGUUCACUCUUCCUUGUCGCAUGCCUGGCGUCGCACGCGUCGUCAGCUGUCGCCGCGCGACCGACCUUGGUUCCCAUCCGUAUCGACUGUGGAAGCACAGUCGGCACAACUAUAAACGGGAUCCAAUGGCAAGCAGACCAAUACUUCGAUAUAAGCACAUCUGGUAACCAGCGCACGGACCCCGCCGACAACCGUAACGGGUUACCAGUUUCGCUCGCCCAGAACGUCGCCCUGGGCAACCUUUUAUCCUCGGUAGAAGCAUCUCUGCGUUAUUUCCCAACGCUUGGGGGCUGCUACAGGGUUCCUGUGUUUCCCGGGCGAUACUUAGUGCGAGUAGGGUUUGCAUAUUAUGAUUAUGACAACCAAAGCGCGCCGCCGUUUUUCUUAGUUAAACUGCAGAAUACUGUAGUGGAAGCAGUUGAUAUGGGUGUAGUGGAGCAGAGGCUUGUAUCAGGAGCGUACUAUUCUGACUAUAUGGCGUAUGCCCCCCCUGGGGGAGGGGCAACCCCAGUGGGGGGUACAGACGAGCAAGGGGGAAGCAGAGGCGGAAAUGGGAUGCCAGUAGGAGGGGCGACAGGGGGAGGAGGGGCAGGAGCAGGAGGAGGAGCAGGAGCAGGAGCAGGAGCAGGAGGAGCAGGAGCAGUGGGCUCAGGCGGAAAGGGACAGAAAAUGGGGAAAGAGGGAAAUUUCUCCCAGGGAGCAGCAGGGGGCAGCAACGGAACAGAAAGGAGCAGUAGCAGCAAUGGAACCAUUUCCAUCUGUUUCCUCACACAAAACCCAUCACAUGCCCCUCCUAUCAUCAACUCCCUAGAGAUUCUCCCCGUUCACUCAGAAGCUUACGACUCUGCCACCCUCGGCCCAGAUAUUAUCCUCUCGUCUUAUCUCCGGAUCAACAUGGGCGGCGGGCAGGUUGGGCCUGAGCCUCAGGACCCGGGUGUAUUUUCCAUUCGAGAUUCGAUGCACUGCAUGUGCUUCUUUGUGCCUGCCGCUUGUUUCCGUGUCCCCCUUACAGGAACGCCCAUUUGGUUGAUAGUGGUCAUUGUGGUGGCGAGUGUGCUUGUGGUGCUUCUCGUGAUACUUGCCUGCUGGUGGUGUUUUCGUGGCAAUCAUAGAUUCAAACGCCUAGAAGAUGAGGCUUGA